AACUUUCUUAUACAAAACACAACGUAACCUCGAAAAACUACUAAAUUGACAGAUCUGACAACAUUUGGAGUUAUUUAGAUUAAAAGAAUUUGAAAUUUAUAAUAAUUUUUACUUGAAUUUGUGUGAAUAAAAGAAUUUUCCAUAAUGUCGACAAAAAAAGCUUUGACGCAACAGGAAUUGCGUAAGAUAAUGAACAAUACAAAACAAAAAUUAGGUGUACAAAAGAAAAUAGAAUCACCACUGGCAAAGUAUAAUUCAUUAGGGCAAUUAACUUGCAUUAUUUGUAAGAUUACUGUCAACAACGAAGCAGCUUGGCCAAUUCAUAUCAAUUCAAAGAAACACAAAGAAAAUAUAGAAAAUGCGAAACAACAACUUGAAAAAGCAAAGUCGACAGUUUCCGGACAGAAAAGAUCCUCUUCUACAUUACAUGAAUCACAGCCUGUCAAGAAAGUUAAAGGCAUUCUGAAGAAUUCGAGUCCUUCUUCACAAACAAAAUCACAAUUACCUGCUGAUUUUUUUGACAAUAAACCUCCAUCAGGAAAAAAUGAUUCAACAAAGAGUAAAUCAAAAGCAUCGAAAGCAACGACUAACGUUGAAUCAUCGGAAAUUAUAACCAACGAUGAAGAAAGUGAGAAUGAUAAUCAGACGAAAGUGAAAGACAAUUCAUCGGUGCUUCCUGAAGGAUUUUUUGACGAUCCGAUUUUAGACGCUCGAGUACGAAAUGUAGAGUAUAAGGAUCCAAUAGAAGAAGAAUGGGAAAAGUUUAAAAAAGAAAUUAAGGAGGAAGAGGCGCAGGCAAAUCAGAUAAUAGCAGAUGAUCAAGAAGAGGCGACGGCAAAAAGACAAGAAGACGUUAUUGAAGAACAAUUACAACGAUUAUCGAAAGUAAUGGAUCUUGUAAGGCUUAAAGAAAAAAUGCAAGCUGUAGAUAGAAAAAUGGAAUAUUUAGAAAAGGAAUCAUCAUCAAGCGAUGACGAUGAAGUCGACGAAUUUCUUGAUUGGCGAGCUAAAAAAUCUUACAAAUAGUUUUUAAUUAAAAUUAGUUUUACGUUUUUUUAAAAUGUAUAAAAAUCAAUAAUAAAUUUAAUUUUUCAUUGUUCUCUAAA